GAGGUCGAGUAUCUCAACAUCAGGACCGUGACGCAGCACGGCAGCGAGAUCUUCUUCAAGCUCAAGAUUACAACGCCGUUUCAGAAGCUGAUGCACGCCUACUGCAGCCGUCAGGGCGUCUCGUUGAGCGCUGUCCGCUUCAUCUUCGACGGCACCGACAUCAACGAGACCCAGACGCCGGCGCAGCUCGACAUGGAGGACGGCGACGUGAUCCACGUGGAGGUGCGGCAG